AUGGCCAUUGUGCAGGGUCAACCAUUGCCAGGCGUUCAGUUAAUUCCACUGCGGGUAUUCAAAUGGGUUGAUGCCCAGGGCUCUCUUGAUUCUGCCACGGCUUAUCGUAGCGCACUGACAGCCAAUGUUCUUGCACACACAACUGCCGAGCUCGCUCGUAUUUGCCAUCCACAAAACAUUCCAGAGCACACGGAGAUUGUUCGCGGCCGCGUCGAUCCACCCAACCAGGAAACGGCUCGUGAGCACGGCCGCAUUUUUGAGUUGCACCUUGUGUCAAAAUGCAUGUCAAAUAUGCUCGAGGCAUUGCACGCCCGCGGGUCGCUGCGGCAUGCCACUCACCCCAAUAAUCUGAGCACGCUGGUGUGCAUUCCAGGCCAACGUGCGCUUAGAUUAAUUGCUGAUGAGCACGGUGUAGUCAGUCAGCUGGCCAUGGAUGCCUGUCAUUUUUGA